GUUCCAGUCGACUGUGAGAUAACAUCGUUAGAGAAACAAAAUACAUGGCGACUUGAGCACUUGCCUCCGGGGAAGAAGGCACUAGGUUGCAAGUGAAUUUUUACAAUCAAGUACAAGUCUGAUGGAACGAUAGAACGCUACAAAGCUUGUCUAGUGGUGAUGGGAAAUCUCCAAGAAGAAGGGAUCGACUAUACGGAAACAUUUGCACCUGUGGCGCGAAUGACGACAGUUCGCCUCUUUCUCGAUAUUGCGGCAAAAGAAAAUCAGGAAGUGCAUCAAAUGAAUGUUCAUAAUGCAUUUUUGCAUGGAGAUCUAUAGGAGGAGGUGUAUAUGAAACUGCCACCAGGGUUCAGGGACAAGGGAGAAACCCGUGUGUGCCGACUCCAAAAGUCAUUAUAUGGAUUGAAACAAGCUCCGCGUUGUUGGUUUGCAAAGCUAGCUCAUUCUCUACGUGCAUAUGGUUUUACGCAGUCACGGUCUGAUCAUUCUUUCUUCGUCUACACUAAGAGAGAAGUUCGGCUGCGCAUCCUGAUUUAUAUCGAUGACUUGAUAAUUUCCGGCACGUCACAUCAAGAUAUUCAAAUAUUUAAGGAUUACUUAUCUACUUGCUUCAACAUGAAAGAUCUUGGCCCAGUGAAAUAUUUUUUGGGUUUAGAAGUCGCAAAGAGUGAGACUGGUAUUUAUCUGUGUCAACGGAAAUAUGCGUCUGAUAUAGUGGCUGAAGUGGGUCUUCUUGGAUGUCGACCAGCAGGAUCUCCAAUCGAUCAGAAUCACAUACUUGCCAAAUCAGAGAGCGCAUAUCUGGCUGAUCCGGAGACUUAUAGAAGGUUGGUUGGACGUCUUAUAUAUUUGGCAGCUACUCGACCAGAUCUUGCAUACUCUAUACAUGUUCUCUCGCAGUUUAUGAAUAAACCUCAAGUGGAACAUUGGCUGGCUGCACUCAAGGUAGUACGAUAUCUGAAGGGGACAAUCGGGCAAGGAAUAUUGCUCCGUGCUGGUACACCAAAACAUGUGACGGGAUGGUGUGAUUCGGGUUGGGGAGGGUGUCCCCUGUCCCGGCGAUCGUGUACUGGAUGGAUAGUACAGUUCGGAGACUCACCAAUCUCGUGGCGGACUCAGAAGCAAGAUACAGUUUCUCGUUCUUCCGCAGAGGCGGAAUACAGAGCAAUGGUAGAUUUGACAGCAGAACUUCGAGGAUUGUGA